AGCAGCAGCAGGAGCAGCAGCAGCAGCAGCAGGAGCAGCAGGAAGGAGCAGGAGCAGCAGGAGCAGCAGCAGCAGGAGCAGCAGCAGCAGGAGCAGCAGCAGCAGGAGCAGCAGCAGCAGGAGCAGCAGCAGCAGGAGCAGCAGCAGCAGCAGCAGCAGCAGGAGCAGCAGCAGCAGGAGCAGCAGCAGCAGCAGCAGCAGCAGGAGCAGCAGCAGCAGGAGCAGCAGCAGCAGCAGCAGGAGCAGCAGCAGCAGCAGCAGGAGCAGCAGCAGCAGGAGCAGCAGCAGCAGCAGCAGCAGGAG